AUGGAGGAAACCAGAGGUUUGAUUUUACAUGGGUGUAAGUUGGCUGAAGUCCUAGAAGAAAACCUGCUAAAUUUGGCUAACGAACCUGAUUUUUUUCUAAGAUCAUGUGAUGAGAUCAUUGGGGCGUUUAGUCGCGUGAAAGAUAGAUUAUCCCGUGAAGUUGUUCAUCGGCAAUUCGACAUAAGAACUCAGGAAUGGUUAAGAAGUGGUGCCGGCACAAGUACUGAUAAUCGGGCAAUGGAUUUGCUUAAUCCUCAAGCUAUUUUAGGCCACAGUAGCAGCAGCGCUUACCACGACGCGUACCGUUUGGAACUCGUCGGACAUCAAAUGGCUGGUGGAAGGGAUGUGGAAGGUGGUGCAGAUGGGUGGAGGGGCGAUAUGUGGCCAGAGAUUAAGCCAAUGGAUGCAUCGAAUCCCAGCCCGUGGACUGCAUCUUCUAAAAGACGAAGAAGAAAGGAUGAAGCUGACAAAAUUGCGGUAAGGGUACCUGCUCCUCAGAUGGGAAAUCUUGAUCUUCCACCAGAAGAUGGUUUUACUUGGAGAAAAUAUGGUCAGAAAGAGAUUCUGGGAUAUAAACAUCCAAGGAGCUACUACAGAUGCACCCACCAAAAAUUUUACCAAUGCCCGGCCAAGAAGCAAGUCCAGCGGCUCGACGAAGAUUUCUACACGUUCGAGGUGACAUAUCGAGGUAACCACAUGUGCAACAUCACCUCCACCGCACCAUCUGCCACCAUACCACCAUCCGUUGAACACGGGACAAUUCCACAAACCACCGGUAUGCAGCCACCUGUAAGCCAGUGGUUGUCAAUUGAAGUCAAGCCAUCGCCAGUAGUGGAAGCUACACCCACCAUAUUCGAUACUCUAGCGUUUCGGUAUCCAGGUACAAUGGGUGGUGCCAGGCCUAGUAGUUGCGGCAAUCUCGCGGCCGGUGGCAGUGGCAGUGCAGGACCGUCCGGCCCUCGAUUUCCGGACUACCAGCCGGUGGCGGAGUUUGCUGAUGCUAUGUUUAAUUCUGGUAGCAGCAGCAACAAUAGCAUGGAGCUCAUCUUCUCAUCCAUUGAUGAGAAUUGGGAUACUGCUAGAGAAAAGAAACACUAA